AUGGCACGCACCAAGCAGGACGUCGUCGCGGCCAAGGAGGCGGCCGAUGCCUCGCCUCGCAUCGCGAAGUCGGACGGCGGCGUCAAGAAGCCAUCGGGCCGUCCCCGUGGUCGCCCGCGUGGUGACAACCCCCCCAAGGUCUAUGUUCCCACCGGACGCCCCCGUGGCCGCCCCAAGGGAAUCACGAAGGCCAAGCCUGCCGCUGUCGCGAAGGCUGUCGCAGACGGCGAUGCGACGAGACGCCGAGGACGGCCUCGCAAGGGAGACGCAACCCCCGUCAAGUCGCCCAAGACCACUCCCAAGACCACUCCCAAGUCGGCGGGCAGGCGAGGCAGGCCUCGCAAGCUCCCCGUUGCGGCUGCCAAGUCUGACGCGGAGAACGACGAUGAAGAACAGCCUGAUGUUGUGGGUGAAGCUGAGACGGAAGAUAACGAUGCCGCCGAAGACGUCCACGACGCAGCCGACGACGGCAGUGAGGAGGAGUUGGGCGAUGACCACUCGGACUAG